AUGAUGAUGAUGAUGAGGAGGGUGAACCCGACGUGAGAGGAGACGUUAUUCCUCUGUGUGUGUGUGUGUGUGUGUGUGUGUGUGUGGCACUCAAUAUUUGAGGAAGUCAAGAAACUGAAGAAAAUGGACGACAUGUUUGACGGAUUUUUACCUGCAACACCGGUGAAAAACGGGAUCUAUACUAUCAUCAAGUCGUGGAGGUGGAUCGAGGAGCGACACUUAAAAACAACAACGAUGCUAGCUUGCUAGCUUUGAUGCUUGCUCUUUGACACAUUGACGUUAACUGUUGAGGUUAUAAUCUCACAUACGACGACCAACAACUUUUCUUCGACUUGUAUUAGAGUAAACCUAAAACAGGUCGACAUUUAGCGUCUUGCUACAUUAGUUAUCUGACUUUAGAGGUUAGUUUAUUAGCGUUAAAGCUUAGCCCAAAAAUAGUUAAUGCUAAUUAAUUAGCAUGAACGUUAGCUCAACCGUCAAUGAGUUUAAAUGGCAACGGCUAACUGAACGUUCGUUACACAGCCGUUAGACAGCCGUUACAACACAAUAAACGUUAAUAAUGUUAAGAUAUUUGCUAUUUUUUGCUCUUAUAAAAAUGACAAACUAGUUGACACCGUUUACACUUUAUGUAUCUUCAAUUAUGAGGUUGAAGAUUUAACAUUUCUGACUUUUAUUGCUCAAUAUUUGCUUUGUAGAGACGUUAUAACGUCUACUUCAACAGUUAAUGAGUUUAAAUGGCAGUUGGCUAACAGCCGUUACGCAGCCGUUACUAUACAAUAAACGUUGAUAGUGUUAAGAUAUUUGCAAUUAUUUGCUCUUAAAAAAAGGACAAACUAGUUUACACCGUUAUCUGCACGUUUACACUUUAUGUAUCUUCAAUUAUGAGGUUGAAGAUUAAACAUUUCUGACGUUUAUUGCUCAAUAUUUGCUUUGUAGAGACGUCAUAACGUCUACCUCAACAGUAAAUGACGUUCGUUACUCAGCCGUUGCUCAGCCGUUACACAGCCGUUACUCAGCCAUUAGACAGCCGUUACUCAGCCGUUAGACAGCCGUUACAACACAAUAAACGUUAAUAGUGUUAAGAUAUUUGCAAUUAUUUGCUCUUAAAAAAGGACAAACUAGUUGACACCGUUUAUGUAUCUUCAAUUAUGAGGUUGAAGAUCAAACAUUUCAUAUUUGCUUUGUAGAGACGUUAUAACGUCUACCUCUACCUGAAGAAAAGAGACAUUAUGUGACAUUUCCUAUCUGUGUCAAGCACAUCAGCUUCCUCUAUCAUAGGUUAUCUUCCUGCUAAAAUGUGUUAAGUUAGUGUAGAGAGAGUUAACACAUCUUUAGGUAGCAUAUUUCUCCCAAAAAGAGCCCUAGUUCACUGCCAGAUAUGCGUCUCUCCUCUUUCCUGGCCGUGUUCAGGCCUGCUCUGCCCCUUAUCCUGGGGCUGUCUCUGGGCUGUAGUCUGAGCCUCUUGAUGGUGUCCUGGACUCAAGGGGACGCAGAGGACUCCUCCUGUGGGGAUGAACUGGGCAAUGGGAGGCUGUUCAUGGGCAGAGGAGAUGCCCAGAGAGACACCAGGGAUGGAGCUGGAGAGGAAGACUUCCAGCCACGGAUAGUGCCCUAUCACAAAGACCCCAACAAGCCACACAAGAAGGUCCUCAGAACUCGUUACAUUCACACUGAACUGGGCAUCAGAGAGCGGCUGCUGGUGGGCGUGCUGACCUCCCGGGCCACCCUCAACACGCUGGCCGUGGCCGUGAACCGCACGGUCGCCCACCGCUUCCAUCACACCUUCUUCUUCACAGGCCUGCGCAGCCCCAAGGUGCCUCACGGCAUGACUGUGGUCGCCCACGGCGACGACCGUCCGGUGUGGCUGAUGUACGAGACGGUUCGCCACCUCCACCAGCACUACGGCUCCGACUACGACUGGUUCCUCUUGGCCCAGGAUGACACGUACAUGCAAGCGGAUCGUCUGUCGGAGCUGGUGGGCCACCUCAGCGCUGGUCAGGACCUGUAUAUGGGUCGGGCGGAGGAGUUUAUUGGUGGAGAGGAGAAGGCACGCUACUGCCACGGCGGCUACGGCUACCUGCUGUCCCGCAGCCUGCUGGCCCGUCUGCAGCCUCACCUUGACACCUGCCGUAAUGACAUCCUCAGUGUGAGACCUGAUGAGUGGCUGGGCCGCUGCAUUAUUGACUACCUGGGGCUCAGUUGUGUGGAAGUGCACCAGGAGAUGACCUAUCGCUACUUUGAGCUCGGGAAAAACGCAGAUCCAGAGCGUGAAGAUGGCGUACAGUUUAAAAACGCCUUCACGGUCCAUCCCAUAUCAGAACCAAAUCUCAUGUACCGCCUGCACAAACGCUUCAGCCAGAUUGAGCUGGAGUGGACGUACCUACAGAUACAACAGUUGCAGGUGCAGAUCAACAACCUGAGCGACCUGACGCCGGAGGGUAAAGCUGGAGUCACGUGGCCCAUCGGGAUCAACCCUCCCUUCAAGCCAAGAACCCGUUUCGAGGUGAUAAACUGGGAGUACUUCACCGAAGAGCACAUCUACUCGUGCAUCGACAGCUCCCCCAAGUGUGAGAUGAGAGGGGCCGACCGCGCGGACGUGAACGCGGUUCUGGAGAUAGCGGUGGAGCGUCUAAAUGAGCGCUACCAGCCGCAGCUGCGCUUCCGCAAGCGGCGUCUACUCAACGGCUACAGGCGCUUUGACCCCACGCGUGGUAUGGAGUACGUGCUGGACCUGGCGCUGGAGGCGUACACCCAGAAAGGCCACAGUCAAGUCAUCGCCAAGCGGGUUAACCUGUUGCGACCUCUAAGCGCAGUUGAGAUCAUCCCCAUGCCGUAUGUGACGGAGGCAACACGGGUGCAGGUCAUCCUACCCGUCACCGCCCAGGAUCAGGACUACGUUGGUAACUUCCUCGACAUGUACGUGAUGAACACUUUGGACACCCAUGACAACGUUUUGCUGACGUUCCUGUUCAUCUAUGAUCCCUUCGACGCGCAGCGAGUCAGCCAGACGGACGUGUUCGCCGGCAUCAAGGCGAUGAUCGGGGAGGUGGAGAAGCGCUACGGAGACGUGAAGAUCCCCUGGAUCAGCGUGAAGACGGAGGUGCCCUCGCAGGUCAAGCUCAUGGACAUCAUCUCCAAGAAACACCCAGUGGAUACGCUGUUUUUCCUCGCCGGCGUGUGGACAGAGGUCAACGCCGACUUCCUGAAUCGCUGCAGAAUGAACGCCAUCAGCAACUGGCAGGUGUUCUUCCCCAUCCAUUUCCAAGAGUACAGCCCCGCCGUCAUGUACCGCGACCAGCAGCCCUCCGCCGCCUCCUCCUCUUUCGCCUCAGAGUCGCUGCGAGACGGUCACUUCGACCGCCACGUCUUCGACGAGGCCUGCUUUUACAAUGCGGACUACAUGACCGCACGGACCAAGAUGGCCGCUGACAUCUUAGACAACGAGGAGCUGCUGGAAAGCAUGGACGUGUACGACAUAUUCGUGCGUUACUCGGGGCUACACGUGUUCAGAGCCGUGGAGCCGGCGCUGAUACAGAAAUACGUGCGGCGAGCGUGCAACCCGCGAUUCAGCGAGGACAUCUACCACCGCUGCGUCCUCAGCAACCUGGAGGGUCUGGGGUCACGCUCGCAUCUAGCUAUGGCUCUUUUUGAACAGGAGCAGGCCAACAGCACCUAGAGGAUAUUUUUAUAAAGGAUACUCACACAGAAAAUAUGGGACUUUUUUUAAUCCAUACACUGAAAUUUGCGCCGUUGUAUUUGGCGGGAAGAGGUCAGGAUCAGCUGCAGAACAGCGUCGUCUUGCUCAUGGACACUUUGACGGAGCAAAUGUGCGCUGAUGCUGCAGUUCCUCCAGCUGAAAACCUCUUUGUUCAGAGUACAUCUGACUUAUGAGUCUAUAACUGUGACUCUGUCGCGUCUAGACGCAUUAUGAGUCACGGAGGUGUCUGAACUACUGCCAUUGAUGUAUUCUUACAGGAGCUGAGCAGCAGUAUUUAUACUAUAGGAGAUUGUGUCUUGAUAUAAUGAACGAACAAAGACUUUUAUUGUUUGAUUAACUGAGAAAAACUUGAGCCAUAAGUCUUCCUGAGCGAAGACAUUUAAACUGAAACUGGAAUCAAGCUGAAGCCGUCGGCUGCCUUUUCUUUUCUUUUUUUAAGAGGUAUUAAAGAGUAAUAUUUCCAUUCA